CCCAAUAAUUAUGAGACGACUUUCUUCCUUCCUUCUUCACUUCUUCCUUUUAUAAAAACCAUCCAUGCAUAAUAGACCUCCCUGACAUCGAUCAGUUGUCCAUCUCCAUCUCCAUCUCCAUCUCAGAAAUUUUGAGCCUUCGAUCAACACGUACAAUUAAUGUCGCUUCAGGUGCCCAAUGUACCUUCCCUGCAGGAAGAAGAUCAUGACGAUAAUCUUUGUAUCAGCAUUGAAGGGUUCCAUGGGUCAUUAGUAAAACAACCAAUGAGGUAUGAAGAAGGCACUCAUCAUCAUCAUCAUCUUUAUCAUCCUUCCUUGCUGUUGCCACCCAUUAAAGUUAUCCCUCUAAGUCCUCCCACUCUGCCUCCUCCAAAGCACCAUUUCAUAAGUGCCAGCCUCCCGGGUUCCGCAACAGCGUCACCUCGAUCUGUUGGGGCUGGGCUCCCUCAUAUGAACAACGGCAGCAAGAAAUGGAGAAAUCACCAAGCUGAUCAGCAGCAGGGGGCAUCAUCUUCACUGCCAAUCCACCCUGCUCUCUCCCAUCACCAAACUUUUGGUCUCCCUGGCUCCAAGGUAGAAAGUCAUUUACUAAGAAGCAAGUCAUGUGGGGAGGGGAGAACCUCUGCUCCAUCUCAUGCAUUUGAUCUGUUCUCAAGAAAACUAUGUAGUCGUCGUAGCAGGAGGCAUCAUAAGGAGAAUGAUGAUGAUGACGAGGUCUACACCGAAUACAAGAAUAAGCGCAAGAAUGCGGUGAGAGGUGGUAAUAGGAAGAAGGCAGCAGCUAAUAAAGAUCAGUACAAUCAUAAGCCAAAGAAUAAGAAGAAUGAAAGACUACACAAAUUCAAAUGUAGUGCUCUGUGUCUUUUCUUGGCAGGGUUUGGUAGGGGAAUAAAGCCACUAGUCACAGGUCGAAGAAAUAAGGAUAUUGGAGAAGCCGUAGUAGUAAGGGAUGAUCAUGAGAGCAGAAAUAUUGUGAUCUCAAGAACAGUUUCCUUGGAGAAAUUUGAAUGUGGGUCAUGGUCUUCAUCAGCCAUAAUUAACGAUGAUUAUGUUGAUCAUGUUGUUAUUGAAGAUCCUCCUCCUCCUCCUCCUCAUCAUCAUCGUCGUGAUCAUCAUCAUCAGUCAUCAAUGCAUCAUCAUCAACAACAUUUGUAUUUUGAUUUGCCCCUGGAGUUGAUUCAAAACUGCAGAAAUGAUGCAAAUAAUUUCCCCGUCACAACAGCUUUCGUCUUUGACAGUGCAGAUCGAAAGGGAAAGGGUAAGGGAAAAGGAAAGGGAAAGGGAAAGCGAAAAGGAAAGAUGACCUUCAUUAUGUUGAAGAAGAGCUCAUCAUCAAGAACAUCAUCAGCAGCACCAAAGAAUAAGUCACAUGAUCCAUCAUCAUCGAGACCUCAUCAUCACCGUCAUCAGGUUCGAUUAUCUACCACUACUAGUAGUGGCUCAUCACAAGCUUCUUGCAUUUCACCCCGUUUGCGCAAGGCAAGAGAUGACUUCAAUGCAUUCUUACAGCAAGCACAGAAUGCCAAUUAG